AUUGAGUGGAAAGGGAGUCAACAAAACACUUCCGUUUCCUUUCGCUUCUGUAUCCCAACAUUCACUCAAAGCGGAUCCACUGAAGUGACAAAAUGGCGAAAAUGAAUAAACUGGUGACUUCUGCGCGCAGGAAGAACCGCAAGAAGCACUUCAACGCCCCCUCACAUAUCCGCCGAAGAAUCAUGUCUUCGCCGUUGAGUAAAGAGUUGAGACAGAAGUACGGCGUCCGGAGUAUUCCCAUCAGGAAAGACGAUGAGGUCCAGGUGGUCCGGGGUCACCACAAGGGUCAGCAGGUGGGCAAAGUGGUGCAGUGCUAUCGAGCCAAGUAUGUCAUAUACAUUGAGCGCAUCCAACGUGAGAAAGCUAACGGCGCCUCCGUUUACGUCGGCAUUCAUCCAUCGAAGGUGGUGAUCGUGAAGCUGAAGAUGGAUAAAGACCGCAAACAUAUUCUCGAGAGAAGGGCUAAAGGAAGACAAAUAUCCGACGGAAAGACUAAAGGCAAACACACGGAAGAGUCGGUCGCUAUGGAGUCCUCUUAGACCACAUCCCUAGCCUUGACAUCGAGUGUAUUUCCAUUUGAAUUGUUUUUUGUCUAAAUUAAUAAUAAAGAAAUUAUUAACAAGUGA